AUGACCGGAUCAGUAAGCGAAGACGAUCCCACUCAUUCCGGUGGCCAGGUAGUAGUCGGUGUUGGUGUUGGCGGCCCUGUUUGUGGUACAGGUAGCAGCGCCGGCGGCGGCGGCUCAGGCGGAAUGACCGGCAUAGGAGGCCUCGUCGGGCCAGGAGCAGGGGGUGGGAUCCUCGCGAUAAAUCUCGGAGGAGCUGGCGUUGGUCCUGGUGGCAGCGGUUCAGGCGGUCUGGGAAACCUCGGUGGUGUUCUUGGCACCGUGUCCGACGUAGAACGUACGAUGAAGAGCCUAAACGGUUAUCACGAAGACAUCUUGGAGGCACUGCGAUCAGCGGCACAGGCGCAACGUAGCAGUGCCAACACCCCGUCCGGCAGCAUCAGUGAAGAACUGCUACGCAAAACACUAGCGGAGUGCGUGGGGGGCUCGCAAUUAAACACGACCAACGUUCACCCACCCGAGCGCGAGUAUGCCGCAAAACGGAACGUUAGCUCACGGACCGGGUCGCGUGAAAACGUCUGUGAGUCGCAGCCGCACGUGCUAAACGACGCUAGUCAAACUGCUACCUUACUUCACCACCACCGUCAACAACAGCAACAACAUUUGGCGCAACAACAACAGCAAGCCGCUGGGCUGCUGGUGGACGAUGAAGACACGCCGUCAGUAGGGCCGCUCCGCAUUCGCAACCUAGAAGAUCUUAUACGGCAGCUCGAGCACCAUUCUUCACGCCAUAUGAGCCCGAGCGGUUCCGAAGACAUUCGCAUGUCCGAGACUGAAGCUGAGCGUCACUACCGCGUGGAUAGUUCCGCCGCCUGUAGUGAAUCAUCGCAUGGAUCUAAUCAGCAACUGGCACAGACGCAGAAGACAGCUACUAUACUGCCCCCGUACAGCAGUCGCUGUCGACCACCGCGCUCCGACGACGAGAGCCGCUUUGCUUUUGGCAGUGGGCCAGGAGGCGGCAUCGCUAGCGGCUCGGCAGGUGGCAUUGGAGGGGUUGGGGGUGGCUCCGGGACGGGACGGUACAGGCACGGCGCUGGCCGCCAUCCGAGCCACCAAUCUCACUCGCCUCACUCCUUCACCCACCACUCGCACCACAGUCACGCACACAGUAGUCACGCCGCUCACGCCGGCCACUCGUCCCACCACUCGUCCCACACACACCUGCACCAGGACGAGGAGGGCAUCUACGAGAGUGCAGACCCGGUUCAUCAGGUGCAUCCGUUACACCCACAUGACCCGCGUACCAGCGCUUUAGAUCAGCGCGACACUAACGACAGUGAAAGUGAUGACUUAUUUCAAGCUCAACAACAAUUAGCCCGAUGGGCGAGUGAGGAUGUGGUAUCCGUGGUGGUAAUGGAACAAGGAACGGAUGCGGCCCACUCGCAAGGUCCAUCAUCAGCCAAUACCACACACGGCCAUAUGCAACAGCAUCCAUCGCAGCAGCAACAGCCGUUGCAUCAUCAUCAACCGCCCCAGCCAGCUCAACCAUUGGUGCAUCUGCAGCAGCAACCGCUACCGCCACCGCCGCCGCAUCAACUCAUAGACAGCGUCAAUGGAGUGCCAGUAAUGGGCAGUUGUCACAAUAUCAACAAUAUGAACCACCAGGUGAACAGCAGAGACUACUAUCCUUCGCCACCAUCCACCGAGACCGGGAGCAGUGGAAGCGUAAUACAGCCGUUGAGACGUGGACCCAUUACGCCUGGCCCAGGACCCGACGGAAAUCAUAUAAUGGAGAAUACCGGUCGGUAUCCCGAAUAUAAACACUGA